AACAAAUAUGUUCAGGGGGACAGGCUGCUCCAGAUGGUUCCCUGAUCACUCCCCCUCCUCCUCCUCCUCCUCAGACGGCCCCCUGCUGCUCAGACCGCUGGAUGGAUCCACCACCAUGAAAACACAAACAAAGCAGGUCAUACUUCGGAUCUGAUCGUCGGUUGUCAAGACUUCCUGAAACAUGCUCCUGUACGCAGAUCAAUGAGAAGCUGUGAGACGGACUAAGAGAAGGGAACUCGACGCGGAUCAAACUCUAAACCUCUCUGAUCUGUCUGAAGAUGCCAGAGGUGAGGGACCUUUCUGAAGCUCUACCAGAGAUGCCCCUGGACCCCAUCACUGGAGUGGGCGUGGUGGCCUCCAGGAACCGGGCCCCCACCGGAUACGACGUGGUGUCGACGACAACAGACGGUCUUGAUGCCGAUCUUUGGAAAGAUGGUCUCUUCAAAUCCAAGGUGACCCGCUACCUGUGCUUCACCCGAGUCUUCUCCAAAGAGAAUAGCCAUUUAGGUAACGUGUUAGUGGACAUGAAGCUGAUCGACAUAAAGGACACGCUGCCCGUCGGCUUCAUCCCCAUCCAGGAGACCGUGGACACACAGGAGCAGGCGUUCAGGAAGAGACGACUCUGCAUCAAGUUUAUUCCUCGAGACUCCACAGAAGCUGCCAUCUGUGACAUCCGCAUCAUGGGACGCUCCAAACAGGCUCCUCCUCAGUACACCUUCAUAGGGGAGCUGAACAACAUGGGGAUCUGGUAUCGGAUGGGAAACGUUCCCCGGGCUCAGGACUCGUCACACACACCGACCUCCAACAGCAUCCAGAACAUGAACUCCUCCUCCAGCUCCAACUCCGUCCCCGCUGCUCCCAUGCCCAAACACAUCUCCAUGACGCUCCCCGCCAGCUUCAGAGGGAAGAACACCACCAGACCGGACUACGAGCACCAGAACUCCAACCUGUACGCCAUCUCAGCGAUGGAUGGAGUUCCCUUCAUGGUCUCUGAGAAGUUCGCCUGUGCCUCGUCUGAUCUGCAGCAGAUCGAUCUGAUGGGGAUCACCAUCAAGUCUCUGGCUGAGAUUGAGAAAGAGUAUGACUACAGUUUCCGCACAGAGCACAGCGCCGCAGCCCGCCUCCCCCCGAGUCCCACACGGACCUCCCUGAGCUCCGAGGCCUGAGGACCCCCCUCCAAAUCCACAUCUUCAUCCUCCUGCACGAACCUGCAGGAGACACCUGUACACAACUACUGAGGACAAACACACCACAAGAAUACAAACAAGGAUCUGAUAGAAACCACUACACACCACGGCUGGAUCUGAGAGGGAUUAACAGGUCCAUCAGAGCGGAGAAGUAGACGGAGGAUCUGAUGAUUAACAUUUCUUCAUCAGAGGAGUCAUGCCGUGUUGUUUCCUGUGACUCAUCUGAUCUGAUACAGACAGGAAAAAGGGAUUAAGAUAUUUUCUUUCCUCUCUGAAACUUUGAGACUCUGCUAGACGCCGUCGUCGUGUCCUCUGAGUGUUUAGCGUGCAGCAGGAGGACGGAUCAGAAACAGGAAGUAAAGACGGUCCUCUCCUGUCCUGUCCUGGACUCCUCUGGCUGCCUCUCUGUAGAUGUUACUGUAAAAUAACGUGAGUGUGACUUUGAGUGCACUUUGUGUUUCCAGUGUUUGUUAACCACUCUGUGUGUGUGUGUUUGUGUGUGUGGACUCAAGCUGCAGCUUCACUCUCGAUGAACCACUGUCACUGUUUGAAGGUAGGUAGAGCAGGAAGCAGGACUCUGCUGCACUAAACCACUAACCUGAGACCCUCUCUAAGUUUAUCCACCUCUCUGUUACUUUAUCUCUCUAGUGAUGACGCGGAGAACACCGGAGCUUUGGUACCAACACCGGAACAUUUUUGUCGUUGCUUUUAAUAACUAAUAAUAUUUACAUUAGAAUGAGGAGCAGUCUUUAAGCUAAAAUACAUUGACUGCUCCUUCUAAGAGGCUUCACAGUCUGAGCCUCUUUUUUUAUUUGCUCUGUUCGUUUUAUUUCAUCUGCACUGUUACUAAACUUAACUCCAUUACUCUCUUUGUAUCACAGAAAGCUCCUGUGAGGACUUUUUAUCUGAAACGGACUGAAAUCAAUCCUGAUGUUUUAAAAAAUAAAUGAAACCAUCAGGAAGACAACUUUUUAUUUCGCAGAGGUUAUUUUAAAUGUGUGAAAGCUCUGCUGCAGAAACUUCUGUUUACGCUCAGAGAUCAGACUCACUGCUCUGUCCACAGGGGGGCAUUACAGUCCACAGACAGUUCCUCACAGGAGCUUUAAAUUCUCCGAUGAUGCAGACUGUCUUUAAGGUCUGCUCUCUGUUACUUUACUGUUGUUUUAUAUUUUAAAUCUGUUUUGUUGCCAAAAACAACCUCUGAGCUCUGGAUACACUCCACAUGUUGAUACCAAUAACUCAUCAUCAGGCCUUACGUUUUCAUCCUCGCCUGUGUUUCUUUUGCAGCUUCUCUUCUUGUGAUUUUACUUUAAUAUAAGGGCUGACCUCUACGUGUUCAAAAACCUAACAAACAAACAAAGUGUUGACGGUUUCUUUUAUUAGUUAACAUGAAGAGAGAACCCCAGAGCGCACACCUCAGUGCCAACCUGAGUUUCUCUGCAGGACGGAAACAUUUGAGAGUCGCGUGAGUUUAAGAAACUUUCAGCAGCUCGAGCAAAGAGAAGCUGAAGCUCUUCUUAAAAAUGCACCGAUCAGGAAGGAAGGAAUCAGGGCCCAUACUGAUUAACGUUUUAAAUCAGACUUCAUCUGAAACCUGAGGCGGUCUGAAUCACAAACUACUUUCAGAUAAAUCAGUGCAUCCUGAACUUCUUUGUAUCAUUCGUACACAGAUGUCAGUGCCUGCUCUGAUCCCCUCCUGUAGUUCCUCUCCUGUCCAGCUAAUGGAGCUCAUGCAACAUUAAGCCAGUUUGCCAAUGACCACGAAACACCACAGGAGGCCGUAGAAACCUCUUAUCUCUGCUCAAGUUUACACUUAGAGCUGCAGGAGAAAACAUGUCGUCACAUUUCUCUGCGUCUUCAACGCGUUUCAGAUCGUUCUUAUUUUCUGGAAACAGCAGAGUGAGCGUCUCAAACACCAGAGAGGAAGAGUCGAACCUCUCUAUCAUCAAAACAUGAGCCGCGUCCUUUAGAGAUAGAGAGUUUGACCUUUAAUGUGUCUUCUUCAUGAUAUCUUUGUUCUUCGUUUACUGUGAAGCUUCAGUUUGUUCUUUCAUUUCAGCUCAUUUUAUUACUUACGCAGAAAAUGUCAUUUCAGCAGACGUGUUCAUGUUCAGAUUCAUGAAUCUGAUUUAGUCUUUGUUUCUGAGUUUGUUGGUUAUGCAAAUCAAACUAUGUCUGUGUGUGAGGGCCGUGUUAAAGACAAACCUGAGAGUCAGAGAGAAAGCAUCAGGGGAGGAAGCAGGAAGGGUCUGAAUAAUUCGAGGCCACUUUUUUCAAUUUAAUCAAAGUUAAAUUUCACAGUUUGAUCCACGUUCGUCACUUCGCUGCAGGAUGCUCGCCUGAUUCUCCUCUAAAGAUAACAUUUAAGCUAACUUUAGACUCAAAAGAUGACUUCUUAUGAACAUCAUCCUCUCCCACUCCUGAUAGACUUCCUGUUCUCUCAGCUUCCUCUCUUAGACACGGCCCUGACGCUCCUGAUGCAGCCUCCAUGUUCACCUGUUCAGAUCAUUUCAGCGUCGUCGCAGCUCUUCACCCUUACCUGCACUCUUCUUCUUGUUUUUAAUCACUGUUAAAGAGUUAAAACACCUCCAGUUAGUCAAAGUUUAAACACUUUAAACGUUUCAGAAUCACCUUGGCCUUCACUCAGACGUUAACUUUACUUUGAGUCAGAAUACAUGUGUCUGUUUUUAUCAGAAUAACAUGUUUUUAUUUCAUCAGGAGCCAGAAGUUCAAAGUGUGUGUGACGUUAUGUUCCUGAGCGUCUCUUCUCUCUGCAUGGAUUAACUCUUUAUUUAUUAGUCAGUAUUGUGAGCCGGAUGUUCAGACGUGUGUUCAGACUGCAGACAAGUCCUCUGACGCUCUGUGAUGAGCUGCACGCUCGGAUCAUUUCCGUAAUAUCUAACCCUGUGUCUGCAUUAAUAACUACAGUAACAGUCUUAUUUGAAAUGUCUGAUAGUUUGCAUGCAGGUCACAUGACGUCCCAGCUUUCAACAGGACGACUGUUUGUCUGAAAAUAAACAUUUUAUUCUGUAAAGAACAAAAAUGCCUCGUUUCAUUAAAGAUGGUGGACUGAA